GUAUUAAAAGCAACCCUGUGUUUGGAUGAAUCCAAGGUGAAGUGUGUUUUGUUUGCGGGUGAAGCAUGUAUCAGAACGUGUAUCUUGGAGAGGACGGGUUCUGGGUGAAAAAUAAUUUGGUUUUGACAAUAAGCUAAGUUGUUCUUAAUAAAAGAGCAUUCAGAUGCAAUCUGUGUCUACCUCACCGUCAGGCGACCCUCGUCGUGGAUCCGGAGGUCAAAGGAGGAUGUUGAACAGCCUCAGGGUACUGGGUCCGGUAGGGAAGACCGAUGGUACCGACUUCUCCGGUCCUAGAGAUGCCGCAGGCACACAGGUGGAAUUGGUUUGCGUCUGCAGAUUCUUAAGGAAUCUCGUAGCACCAGCUUGUUCUGCAGGUGUCGUUUUGUUGUGUCGGAUAGGGCUGUAGGGAAGCCUCGAUGACGUCGACGGCUCGAUUCUAAAAAGUUGUCGACGUCAGAUCCGGUAGUUGACGCACCACGCCCACUUGUUGCAUCUCCAGGAGUUUGUGAAUAGAGGAGGAAUCUGCCUGUUUUUCCUCUAGCUCGCCCUCUUCUCCGCCUUCACUAACACCUGAGCCAAAUACCGAAGACCCGUAACAACGGCCGUCCGCUACUAGAUUCCUUUCCUGUUUUGCCCGCCUUCGUCUCCCGGCAACGGACAACAACUUCUGGGGUCAGAUGCGCUGCUUCGUCUCUACCGCAGAUGUAGGACAUCACCGGGAGCGUUUCUCCCUUCAUAAAGGAGCUUCUUUCAGACAUGAGGAGAGCUGUUUUGGUGGUAGCAGUCUCUCCUCCGUGCUGGUCUGUUUGCUGCUGGGUGUUUUUGGUUUAUUUAAACUUGGUAACUUGAACUUAAUGUUGGUAAAGCUACUGUUAGCAUUUUCGCUAACAGCUUCUUGCGUUUGGAUAAGCUGUUACGUUUUGGUUUAGAGUUCAUCUUUUUUGUGGUGCAGAUCUCCCUUUUAUUACAUUUAGAGUGUUGUGGGUUUUCGGUUUAGUUUAAAAUAUCACCUGAGUUUGGUUUAACCACCCAGUUUAGAGUUUGGACCUUUGGAGAUCCUUGUUUUGGUCCAGAACCCAGUAAUCUUUGCCCAGUGGGACAUCCCUACUUAUUUGUACUUUGUUUUAAUUCCCCACAGGCAGAAUUAGUUUUAUUAUUCCCAACCUGUGGAUGGAAAGGUUUAUGAUUUUUGUUGUUGUAAAUAAACCUGAUCAUCAUUUUAACUUUUAAAUCCCGUUAUUGUCCCUUCCUUUUUGCACACGAGCCAAACUCCCCAGGAAGGGUCGUAACACCACUCGCCUCACGCACAUAAGUGACCAAAACAAAGCAGCAUGGAGACACUCCGUCUUCUACCACCUCUCAGGCAGCAGCCUGCACUCCCAAGUUCUACAUGUCACUAGAACAUAACCAACCAACACAAUAAAAGCAGUGUUAUACAAAAUAGAAGGCCUGCAGUGUUUAUUUUCUUACAGAAACAAUUUAUCAAUUUUUUUGAGGAAUUUAUUUGAGAUUUUCUGGUUUUUGUUAAUUGUGCAAUAGAAAAAUAAUCAUUAGAUUAAUUUUCUAAAUAGUCAUUAGAAUAGUCGACUAUUCGAUAAAUUAAUCGUCAGAAUAAUCGUUUUAAAAAUAAUCGUUUGCCCCCAGCCCUAGUGUUGGAGCAAUUCUGCCAGCGUGACAGGAAUCGCUUGUUUGGUUAAAGAGCGUUGGGCGGCCAUCCCAACCUUCUCUAGAACUCACUCGCUCAUGACGAGAGUUCUGUUUUAAAAGAUGGCUGUCAUCAUUUCUAACGAAUCAACUCCUCAGCAUUAGCACUCACUCUGCUCUCAACAGCUGACAACUUUAUUCUCUGUAACACUCAUGGAAAAACUCCUGUUUCUUUCUGGAAGCUGAACUGCUGAGCGCUGCUGUUUCACUCCACAUGAGCCCUCACCAUCAGCCAAUCAGAUGAACGUAGCAACGAGUUAGUCUCCAGCUACAGCUGGCUGGAGCCAGUUCCCAGCUGCUCUGUGGUGGAUCUCAUGGGUCCAUCAGAAGUUUCUAAUCCAUCACUAUUGUUCUGAUUGUGUAUAAAGUAACUGUGUGGGAGAAGGUUAGCCUUGUAAAUCUGACUAAAUGAAUGACUCUGACGAUCUCCAGGAAGGUCAGCAUAGAAGCAAAGAUCAAACAGAUGGCCCACGGAUGAGCCUGGGCAACAAGAAGGGAGUCUGGGUAACAGGGAAGAAUGGGCCUCUGGUGGACAUGAGGAGCAGAGGACCAGGUCCAUCUAUUAUUCACCCUCAAGAGACUCCUUCACUUGUCUCUAUGGGUUCUCCAAGACCUCCAGAGAGGACUAAUGACUACAGGGUGGAUGAACAGGCUGGAGAGGAGGACUGCAGCAGGGAGGCAUCGUCUCAAAUCGGCGUCUAUCGCCAGACCAUAGAGGAGCUAAAGACCAUGCUGAGGGACAGUCCUCUGCCUAAACCCCAAACCAGUGACAGGGGAAAACCAGCAUGUCCCUACACGUAUCUCCACAGGACCAGCAGCCGCAGUGGAGGAGAACCCAAUGGACAGGAGGGCAGCGGACGCCCUCAGAGGACAUUCAGCACCUUCAAACCUCCAACGGACGGUUCCAGAGAAGGGGCAGGCUCCAGAGACAGCACAACUAUUCAAAUGCCUUUCUCCAUGGAUGCAUCCAGCUCAUUCGGCCAACCCAGCAGAACAAAUAGGCUGCCUGGAGUUGGGACGCGUGCUCAGUCACACAGCAGCUCUUGGGGAGAGCCCAGAGACUCCUACUCUGAUAACGGAAACAGAGCGACUGAGUUAUCUGGGAACCUGAAGUUUGUUGCUUCCAUGGAGCGGAUCAAGCAGCAGAUUGCUCAUGAAAACAUCACCUUUGUUCGCUUUGAGGCCACCGACCUUCACGGAGUGUCACGGUCCAAGACGGUGCCCGUCCGCUUCUUCCACGAGAAAGCGGUAUAUGGGGUACCGAUGCCCAGAAGUUACCUGGAGUUGACCCUAAGCCCCAAGAGCAAUGAGGUGGACCAUGCCAACACUGCAAACUUCAGCAGCGAUGUUCUUUUGAUUCCUGACCUUUCAACCUUCAGGGUCCUACCCUGGGCCGAGCAGACAGCGCGGGUUAUCUGUGACCCAUGCACCGUAACAGGGAGCCCUCUUCGCACCUCUCCUCGCCUCAUUGCCAAGCAGCUCCUUGGGCAGCUCCAGAGCCUGGGCUUCUCCCUGCACUCAUCCUUCACCUAUGAAUGCUGCGUCCUGGGAGCCCCUGACCGGAUCGGACCAAAGACACUCCUGUUCCCCGCCACCACCCUCCUCAGUAGCCACGACCUUCCUUUCUUCCAGCAGCUGGUGGACAACAUGUACUGCAUGGGUGCAGACAUCGACAGCAUCGCAUCAGCAAGUGGCCCAGGCCAGAUGGAGAUCAAUCUGAGGCCAGAUUUUGGGAUUGGAGCUGCUGAUAGUGCUUUUACCUUCCGUACUGGCAUCAAAGAAAUGGCUCGUAAGCACAGCUACAUCGCCAGCUUUUUCACUGACGAUGGCCUUUACAAUGCUGGGGUUCUCUCUCACAGCCUGUGGGACGCUAAUGGGCGGCGCAGCUUGUUUCACAGCGGCGAGAAGGCAGAAGAACUGUCUGAGAUCGGCCGGAGGUGGCUGGCCGGGCUUCUCACCCACUCCGCCGCCCUUAGCUGUCUCAUGUCACCAGGCCUCGGCUGCCGCAGCCACAUUGCCAAGAUGCUGAAAGACCCCAAACGGAUGCUGUACGCCACCUUCGGCAGCAAUGACAACAGCAGCUCUUUUAACAUCAAGUGUCACGGCGGGAGGGAGAUGCACAUCGACAACAAGCUUGGCUCAGCCAUGGCCAACCCCUACAUAGUGCUGGCUGCGACGGUAGCUGCAGGACUGGAUGGAAUCAGGAGGAACCUGAACAUGGAGAGUGUCGUGAACAAAGCACCGAGCCAGCAGAGAGAAUUCACCAUUCCCGUGAAGCUCGACGAGGCCCUGGAGGCGCUGGCUGAGGAUCAGGUCAUCGGCUGCGCUCUUGGGGAACCUUUUGUCCAGUAUUUUAUUGCCAUGAAAAAGUUUGAGAUUGAAACCCAGGAGCUGGACGAUGAAAGAAACAAGUGCCUGGAGUAUUUCAUCUGAACCUUUUCUGGGUUGACUUUAUUUUAUAGUGAAAAUGAACUUUCUCUGCUCAGCGUGGGUAUGAAACUUUUAUUUGGAGAGGAAAAAGUUAUUUUAUCAAGAUAAUUGUGAGAAAUUUGAAAAUAAACGCUUACGUAACCUUUAAA